GUAGUGUUCGCUUCGCCUCGACAUAGAGUUAGAAGCUUCAGGUUGAAGACUGAAGUCGAAGCGAAAAAAAAAAUCAUUACGAGAAUGGAAGAUUUUGACAAUAAGCUCUCUCUGGCUGAACCCAUGGAGAUGGAGGAAGAUCAAGAAUUCGGGGCCACCGAUCCCUCCAACACUCUUGGUUUGCUCCGCAAGUUUCUUGAAAUCCAGCAGCGUAGAGCGGAAGCUUAUGCCAAGCUUAAGAGGGGUUUCGAUGAGUAUAUGACUUCAGGAAGGGAAGUAUCUUACCAACAACUUUGCAGUGAGAUCACGACGGAGUUCAAUUAUUGCUCUAAACAAGUCAUUGACAUUGAGUCAGAUUUCCGGAAUCCUGAUCACAGCAGGCUCGAGUUAGCUGACCUGCUUAGAUCUGUUCAAUUACAGGAGAAGCAGAAAUUGCACCUGACAGCUCAAAUUCAGUUACUGAAGAAGGCUGGCCGUCCAUCAGAGCGUUUGGUGAGCCACGAGAAUUGCAGAUUCAAGACGCCUCGAGAGCACGAGUGCGUGCAUGUCCAUGAGAUAACCGAAGCUUCUGGUACUGAGGAAGCAGAAGCAGAUGCCGAAUACGACAAUUCUCUCAAGGAAGCAAUCAAAGGCGUCCAAGAUGCUGUGACCACCAUAAACGAGCACAUGGAGGAAGUGAGAUAUGAGAUUGCAGCUCUUGAAGAUGAGUAAUCUUGUGACAUAUAAGAUGAUAUCUUGCUCGCAAUUCAAUUGAUAACAGGAACAUACCUGUACAGAUAUACAGAAUCGGUUUCGAAAAAUUUUCUUCUGCGCGUUUUGCUUGAUCUUUCACCUUCUUUGAUGAGAUUUAUCAACUGAAUUCUUAAUUUUUAGCCUCGAUUUUUGUGUGUCUACUCUAGAUUGGGAAAUAAAGCAGGGAGAGUGAUUAGGAGAAGGUCAAGGAUACUGUUUCAAGAGUGUGGUUGGAGCCUUCCAGCCUUUUUUACCUCUGCCAUUUGCUCCAAACGAGACUGAGGAACUGAAGUCAAUGUUUCAAAUUUCCUUUACGCUGCUGAAGUUCAGUGGUGGUUUGCAACUUGAAAUUCAAUCCGAGGGAAAAUUUGAUGAACUGAAUUGAUCCGAUUGAAAUUGAACCAAUCUAUUUGUAUUUGGACCACGGGGCUAUAUUCCAGUUGGUGUAAGAUGGUUCUGUUUGAUUUU